AUGGUUCAUUUAGGUCCAAAGAAGCCACCAGCCAGAAAGGGUUCCAUGGCUGAUGUUCCAGCUGAUUUGAUGGAACAAAUCCACGGUUUGGAAACUUUGUUCACCGUCAAGACUGAAAAGAUGAGAGCCAUUGUGAAGCACUUCGUCUCUGAAUUGGACAAGGGUUUGUCCAAGAAGGGUGGUAACAUUCCUAUGAUUCCAGGUUGGGUUGUCGAAAGUCCAACUGGUAAGGAAACUGGUGAUUUCUUGGCCCUUGACUUGGGUGGUACUAACCUGAGAGUUGUUCUGGUCAAGUUGGGUGGUAACCACGACUUUGACACCACUCAAAACAAGUACAGAUUGCCAGACCACUUGAGAACUGGUACUUCUGAGCAAUUGUGGUCUUUCAUUGCCAAGUGUUUGAAGGACUUCAUUGAAGAAUGGUACCCAGAAGGUGUCUCUGAGCCAUUGCCAUUGGGUUUCACCUUCUCUUACCCAGCCUCCCAAAACAAGAUUAACGAAGGUGUCUUGCAACGUUGGACCAAGGGUUUCGAUAUUGAAGGUGUCGAAGGCCACGAUGUCGUCCCAAUGCUACAAGAGCAAAUCAAGAAGCUGAACAUCCCAAUUAACGUCGUUGCCUUGAUCAACGAUACCACCGGUACCUUGGUUGCUUCUCUAUACACUGACCCAGAAACCAAGAUGGGUAUCAUCAUUGGUACUGGUGUCAACGGUGCCUACUACGAAAGUGUCAAGAACAUCGAAAAGCUAGAAGGUAAGUUGCCAUCUGACAUCACCACUGAUAUGCUAAUGGCCAUCAACUGUGAAUACGGUUCCUUCGACAACGAACACCUGGUCUUGCCAAGAACCAAGUACGAUGUUAUGAUCGAUGAACAAUCCCCAAGACCAAACCAACAAGCCUUCGAAAAGAUGACUUCCGGUUACUACUUGGGUGAAAUCAUGCGUCUAGUCCUAUUGGACUUGCACUCCAGCGGUUUCAUCUUCAAGGACCAAGAUAUUUCCAAGUUGGAAGUUCCAUACGUCAUGGACACCACCUACCCAGCCAAGAUCGAAGAAGAUCCAUUCGAAAACUUGGAAGACACUUACGAAUUGUUCAAGACUACUUUGAACAUUGAAACCACCGUCAUCGAAAGAAAGUUGAUCAGAAAGUUGGCUGAAUUGGUCGGAACAAGAGCCGCUAGAUUGACCGUUUGUGGUGUUUCUGCUAUCUGUAACAAGAGAGGCUACACUGAAGCCCACAUUGCUGCCGAUGGUUCCGUCUUCAACAAGUACCCAGGUUACAAGGAGAAGGCUGCUCAAGCUUUGAAGGACAUCUACGACUGGAAGGUCGAAAAGAUGGAAGACCACCCAAUCAAGUUGGUGGCUGCUGAAGAUGGUUCUGGUGUUGGUGCUGCUAUCAUUGCCGCUUUGACACAAAAGAGAUUGGCUGCCGGUAAGUCUGUUGGUAUCGAAGGUGCUUAA